AUGACAACUCUAACAGUGAAAGAGGCAGUCUACUACUCAGCACAACUCCAGCUGCCAGAUUCCAUAUCAAUCGCCGAGAAAAAGAAACGAGCAGAGAUGGUCAUCAAGGAAAUGGGCCUUCAGGAUUCAGUGAACACGAGAAUUGGCGGGUGGGCCGUUAAGGGCCUGAGCGGCGGGCAGAAGAGGAGAGUUAGCAUAUGCAUUGAAAUGUUAAGGAGGCCCAAGUUGUUGUUCUUGGACGAGCCCACCAGUGGGCUCGAUAGUGCAGCUUCUUACCACGUCAUGAGCAGGAUUCUGAAGCUUGCUCGAAACGACGGGAUCACUGUCGUUGCUUCAGUUCAUCAGCCAAGCAGUGAGGUUUUUCAGCUCUUUCAAAACCUAUGCCUCCUCUCUUCUGGAAGGACAAUCUACUCUGGUCAUGUUUCUUCGACUGAACAGUUCUUCACUUCGAAUGGUUUCCCGUCCAACUCUAAGAAAUCCUUCUGA